CCAAACAACUCCCCCGCCAUCACCACAAUGUCCACUCGAAACCGUAUCCCAGCGUACAGGUCGAGCGUCGGUCGCACUUCACUUACGCAGGACCUCACGAGCAGUGCUAUCGCAUUUGACACCCUUCCACCUUACAAGAAACCUAGUCACCCAUUGACGAUCCGCGCUCAAGAUCAGAUCAAAGCUCUCAACGGCCGCCCAAUCGAGCAGAUCAAGGAGCAUAGCAAAGAAGCAGAGAAACGCCUUACCAAUGCGGCAGAGUUGGUCAACGACAAAGCGCGUGAGCACAAUGAGAAUAUUGCGAAGCGUCGUAAGCGGUGGGAUCAAGGCCUCGACACAAAACACCAGGAGAAUGAGGAAACAUGGUCUGCACAAUUUCAGGAAAAAGCCGAUAGCAUCACAGCGCAGCUGGAAGAGUCAAUGAGGGGGGUCAUCGAUACGAGCGUUGGUGCAGAGCGCAUGGCAGAGUCGAUCAAAUGGCUGCAUCAGCACGCGCCGGGCAGGCUGGAACAAGAGUUUAACACGCAACAAAACUCUCUUUCGCAAUCACAGCGGCGGAGGGAUACUCAGAUCUCAGAGGUAGUGUCUGACGGUCCCACACCUGGGCCCACACCGCUCGACGGGUCAAGACCUGUCCUCUCAGGUAUCGGUGAGAUCUUCGAGGAGCGCCUGAACCGCAAGAAGGACGAGUACACUAGCCGGUCACUAUAUGAUCGGUAUGCAGAGAACAGGGCGUAUGCAGAUUUUAAAGCAAUGGUACACGACGCGAAGUAUGGAAACGAAGAAGCACCUCCGCGGGAAACUUGGUUCCCAGAACAGGGACUGCCUGCCCUAGGUGUUACUCAGCGCGGUGCAGACGACGAAGAGGAUGACAUCGUGGUGAACAAAGCAACCGUCAGUACGAAAUGUCCGGUGACGUUCCAAAAAUUCAGGGAGCCUCUCACGAGCUCGAAGUGCCCACACACGUUUGAGAAAUAUGCCAUCAUGGAGAUGAUUGGGCGCAGCAAGACGAAAGUAGGGAGUGCAGGGAACAGGUCAGGUGGAGAGAAGGCAGUUGAGUGCCCUGUCCCUGGAUGUAGCCAGGUGAGUACAGAUGCCGAUCUGAUGAGGACCUCGCUAACGUGUCGAUAG